GCAAUCCUUCCUAAUUUUACAAACCAAUCUCCAAAGACAAUUUUUUUUCAGUGUGUUGAUAUUGUGAAUGAUAAUAUUAUUUUUUUAAAUAUAGCCUAUCAACUAAAUUAAUCUCAAAUAUUGAUAUGAUGAACAUGCAAAGUAAUAUGAUGAAGAUGAUCUCUUUAUUGCGAUUGUAAGUUUUUCAUCAGCCAAAAUCCCACAUCUCUUAAGUCUCCCGCAAGAGAGAGAGAGGGACUAAAAAUAAGUAAUUCACAUACUUAUAUGUUUUCUUUUUUACUCAACGCUAUGUAUACAGUAGUGCCCGUGUCACUUGGCAAAUGAUUUUAAAAUGAAAUAUCGAUGGCGUCUCAGAGUUAUUUCAUUUUGUCUUCUCAAUUAAAAGUUGAAGAAAAAAAAAUGAAAUGGAGGGAAUUGAGAGAAUCUUCCAUGUCAAUAAAUUAGUGAUAGAAUCACGGAUAGAUCGUUCCAAGGAGGGUGUUAGAUUGUAAAUAUGAGAUGAAUAUCAAACAAUGAUGUACACAUUAUCUCAAUAUCAAAUAAAUCAUCUAACUCCGCAUCAAUAUUGAUUUAAGUUAAUAUGUAAGUAUAUUUGAAUUAUUAGUCAAAGAUCGCGUGCAACUUUUCAUCUCUAUUGAGAGAUGAUUAUUUCACAAUAUUUAUUGAGUCGCUGUCUUGGCACUCAAUACUCAAUGAUAUCCUAUUUUGUGAUUCGCAAUAUUUUGACCGGAAGUUGUACUUAAUUUAGGUUUUUGCAAAGGAAUCAAUGGAAAGAUUUUUAAAAUUUUAUUUUUCGCACGUUGGCUAAUUUUAAAGGAUCUAAAUAUUUUAGUGGGUGGACGUGCAGCUAAUUUCGGAACAAUGAUGCCAAUCGAUCAAGGGCUUUCUUAUUUUUGUUGUGAUAGACAGAGAAGGAUCGAUGUUUCUUUAGAAAAUGAGGUUUAGGUCAUAUGAACACCCCUCUUUGAUAAAAUGUUAAAAGGGGGUUCAUUAAUAGAACAAAAAUAUGUUGUGUAGCUAUGAAAUCAUUAAAAGUGCGAUCUUUUGCCCCUUUGCUAAUCAAUGUAGGUAGAAUAAUUAUGUACUAAAAUCUAUUAUUACAAUGAAUGCCAAUAGUUGCAUUCGUUGUGAAAACACGAUCACAUUUUUUUCACAAACAGUUUAAGGUUUAAAGAUUUUGGUUUUGUCUUGAAAAUAUUUACUCUUUGGACUUAAGAAUUUAUCAUCCCAUAAAUUUUAUAUGCUACACUAAAGUUCUCUUCAGCAUAAUUCAAAACGAGAUAACUUUAGGAGUUUUUGUAAAUUGAUAGAGUUGCAUAGAUUUAAUGGGAAGAUAGUUGGUGAUAAAAUUAAAGAAAAAUAUCGAAUUUCUCCCAAAAACAAAUAAUAUACAUUUCAGUGUAUGUUGAAACUGACGAGGCAGUUUCUGAAACAUAACAACGCAACUAUUUCCGUAUUUGUGGUGUGAUGUUCUAAAUAUUUCUCAAUCCAAAUACUUCUAAAUUCCAAAUUCUUUAUUCCUUUUGCUGCUCACAGACUUCUCUCGAUUAUAUAUAGUAUAGUGCGUUGUAUACAAAUUUUUGUUUAAUUUGAAUAUGGGCAUUAUCCACUUGAUCCUGGGUUUUAUGUAUGAAAACAAAAUAUGAAUGAGAUCAUGUGUGUUUUAAUGCUGAAGAGACCACACUUAUAUGUAGUUUGGGGUCGUAGUUUAUUUGUUUCAGAGAGAAAUAUCGAGAGCAGAGUAGUGAGAGAAUGAAAUAAAGAGAGAGAGAGAGGAAAAAUUGGCUAUUAAAUGAGCUUUUUGCUCCAUAUCAAAAAGUUUAGUGUGAUUGCGCGUGAUCAUAGGGCGACAAAUGUGUAUUGUGAGCUUAUAUAUUUUUCACAUUACACAAGUCCAUACAUUCGUGAAUGGAUUGGGAGUGAAAGAGAUGAAGAUCACUAUAUGGAUUGUAUAUAAUGUGAAAUUUUGGUAUACAAAUAUAUGUAUGUAAUGCUGUGGGGUGUUCGGUUGGAGACGAUCAAGGGGGAUCAAGCAUGCGCCAAUCUACCCAUGAUUUUCAUGAAUGUUUGCUGUUGCAUAUGGGAAAAUUUUCAGAGAGGGAGAGAGAGCGAUAUGUAGGGAGAUUUGAGGCAUGUGAGAUACUCGAGGCGGGAUCGUCCGGCUAUAGAGAAUUUCUAUCUCUACUCGAAAGCCUGUGACUGUUCGGCUUCUGUGACUAGCUGAUCAAUAUACACCACAAAGUUGAGUUUUUUUAAUUUAUUUCGUUGUGUCUCUCUAAAAGUUCCUACAAAAUGUUAAUUCAUUUUUGUUUAAAUGUCUGUUUAUAGUUGUAUUCUGUUGUUUUUCUCUUUGCAUCUCCGAAAUUUCUGCGUCACAAAAGCAAUGCAAUGUUUUUUUCACAAUAAUGUUGCUUUAAAUGAGAUUUCUUCUAAAAGAAUUCUUCUUUUGAAUAAUUAAAAAGUGAAAUAAUAAUAAUUAAAAAAUAAUUUAAUUGCUGAAGUUUAGUGAGAAUAAUUCAGCAAUGAGGUACAAAAAAAGUGAUAGAUAUUGUGUAAUUUUGUUAAAAUAAAAUUCAGUUUGUUCCUGUAGAUCAAGACAAGAUCACAUGAAGCAAAAAAAAAAGAAGUGUUAACAUGCAAAACAGUUUGAGACAAAAAAGAAGAAGUGGAAUUAUGUUCUUUAAUCUCUAAUCUCUCAAUUUUAAUACACAAGUAUUUGUGAUUAAAGCGCGGGGAGAAAAAAAAAUAUAAAACAUCAUUGCAACAUUUUAGGAGUGUUCAUGAUUUGUUGAAGGUGGUGUUUAGAGAGUCAAGAGUUUUCUCAUGAAGAGCGCAGCUACUUAGAGUGAGAUAUCACCAAAAAAUAAAAGGAGUGAGAAAAAGAAAGAUUUGAAAAGAAUAAGAAAAUGUGCUAGAACUCUUGACAAUUGAUAAAAAAAAAAGUGAAGUGAAUUUUCUGUAAGGAAGAAUAAUUUUUUUGGAGAAAAAAAAAGGAAAGUUUUGUGCAAACAUUUGGGACGAACUAUGCAUUCAACUGGUUGUGAUGAAGGAACAACAAAGUGUACACCGCGAAAUGCUCUCUUCUGCUGUCACUCCCAACCAUGUCUUAAUCCUGAUGGGCCACGACUGCUACCAGUGGAAUCCCAAGAGUCUGUGGUGAUUGUGACACCUCAGCUGAGGCAGCCAACACCACCGGGCACGAUUAAAGCUCGAUCACCAUCACUGCCAGCGUCGGCACCGUCGUCGGCGAUCGCCAAUGCCAACAAUUUGGCGGGCGUACAGAUGCCGAUGGAUGGCGUCAGUACGCUUCAAGUGCCGAAGCAAACGAAUCGAAAAUCUUCAAAUUCAUCCUGUGCUAGUGGAACAACAUCAACCUCAGUGUCUCCGUUGGUUGUGGUGAACGGUGUUGGGGAGCAGAAGGCGCACAAGCAUCACGGUGGGAAGGAUAAGAAGCACCACCAUAGGCACCAUCAUCAUCACCAUAAGCACCACAAAGAGGAGGGUGACUGUGGGCAGCAAAAGGGUGACGAAGCUGUGACAAAUGGUGAAACCCAUGCGAAUGGUGUUGAGGAGGAUGAAGCUGCCAGUGAGGACGUGAAGCCACAGCAUAAAUUGAGAAAGUACGUGAUAAAGAAGAUCACGAUUCGCAAGCAAGACGGGAGUACGAGGAAGAUUAUUAUAAAGAAAGCAGUGGAUAUACCUGACGCACCGCUCAAACUUACAAAGACAGACAAUCGAAUGUCAACGUACGAUUUGGCGGAUUAUUGUGAGAAUCAAUUGGGUGUAAUGAUGUAUCCAACGAUGGAUGUGGUGUCAGGGGCUACGACGGUGUGUUCAACGGCACCCCUUGUAGCGAGUACAGUGCCAAUGAGUCAAGUUAAAUAUUGUGAUAGCAGCAAUCAAAACUGUGGUAAUAGUAGUAAUGUAGGGAAUUUAAGUGGGGUACGAAAGAACAGCAAGGUUGUCAUUAUCGAUGGUGUACCAAUUGCAUCGAGUUCACCCAUAACCAUUGUCAAUGCAACGGAUUAUGAGGAUGAUGAUGAUUUGAUUGAUUUAACAACACCACCCGGUUCGGCGGGAACAUCACUGAGAAAUUGCGACAUGUACAAUGCGGAAAUUGAUUAUAUGAAUAACUAUUUGAAGAGCUUACCCAGCUACAAUGAUCUAGACACGAAGACAAUGUACGGUAGCAGUAGUGGGUAUGGAAGUACACAGAGUGUCAGGCAAGAUGCGGUGUACACAACACCAUUCUAUGCUAACCCGUCGUACAAUGAUGAUGUGAAGAAUGCUAAACUUUCUAAAUCAAACUCCUAUCACAGUAUUAUGAAUAGCAAUGGUGGUGGUAAUUUUGGUGCAACCUUUGGUAAGAGACCCGAAGCUUUUGGUUAUCCAAAUACAUUCAACGGGGGUUGUGCGCCGCAAUCAAAUAAAAUAAGUCGAAGUACAUCUAGUUCACAAAUCCCAGUUUUUAAGCCACAAUACCCUAUUACGGGGGGAAUGUAUCACCAGCAAGCAUCCAAAGAUAUUCACGAACCACCUGCAGUCUUUCAGAAGGGCAUACAAAAGUCAAUUUCAUCAACUGCCUUCACCUACGGUGGUAGCCCACAGGGGAAUACAACAGGGAAGAGGGUACUAAAUGAUUUCUGGAGUGAAAAUGUAAAUAGUCGCAAUGCGAGUAAAUGCAAAAUAGGGUGGAAUUAUGAUAAAAUUAUAAGUGGUUCAAAAGAUGAUUUACGUUCUGUUGGCGUAUGUACGGGUACGUCUACUGGGACAUCUGUUUGUUCACCUGUUUGUACGUCUGUUGGUACAUUUACCGGUACAACGCCGGCGGCUACAUCAAGUACAACAAUGUCGAAUUUCUUCAAUCAACCAAAGAAAGCAGAAAAAUCAAUUGGUGGCUAUCAAUUACGCAAGAACUUUUCACACUCCCACCUCGAUAGGGAAGCAGCAAAUCUGCGUAAUCUCUCCAAGGAAGAUUUGUAUAAAUUAGUUUGUCACGAGAGUCAACCGCAAUACCCAACGGUGAAGCAGGAAACCACAAAGAGUACGGAACAAUUUAAUCCAAUUUCCAAGAGUAUCUCAUAUACCAAUGUACCAAUAUCGCAUGGGGGGAAUGUGCCGACAUAUGGCCCACGGAGCUAUGUCAAUAGUAAGAUGAAUCUCCCGUGGCUUUCCACGGGUGCCCGGCAACCACGGCAGCCGAUUUUGAGCAAAAGUUCCUCAAAUAGUUGUAUAACAAGUCAAAUGCCAUCUGUGAAAGUGACAGAGUUGACGGACAAGCAAUUGCCAGCGAGGUGCCUUAUGAAGAGUACCUCGAGUUCGUGUGUCUUUGGCAAGAGGGCCGAUGGUUUAGGCGGUGCCAAAGGUCAAGCACCCCCACCGCCACCAAAGUCCGAAUCAACUUAUCAACAAUUUGCAGCUGCUGUCACGGCGGCAACGUCCCCGCUGUGGAAUGAUUAUAUGUCCGCUGGGGAUAUAAGCUCAUCUAAUCGUAUGGUACUGCGAAACAAUGAUCUAUUGCUGAGGAAAAGUGGUGGUGGUGGUACGGCUGGAUGUGCAAAUGGGGGAGGAGGAGGAGGUGCACAACCAACGUGUGCUGACAAUUUCUUCAUAAAGCAAAAUAUACCGCAACCCAAUAAGGUUGUGAUCAAUUAUCCGCCAUUUACAAAAAUCUCAAGUAUCCACAUCCCGAUAAACGGUCAAUUGCCAUCGGCAUUCCAAACCACGGGAGGCAGCAGCAGCAGUAGCGGUGGCAGCAAAGGUGAAAAAGCUGGACCACCACCGUCAAGUGUCGCCAGUGUGACUCCCCAAGCCACACCAAAUUCGCAUGGUAAUGAGAUGGCAGCGAGAAUUGGUGGUGGGACAAGUGUAAGAACGGCGGAUUCUGGGAAUCGUGUGGCGACAACAGAAAAGUUGGAUGAUAAAUUGGAUCAAAAUAUAGCGUCACUCUUAAAUCUUGGGACUGUGCUGAAUAAAUCAUUGGUUCAGCCACCACCUCCAGUGUCAUCGCCGCACCAGACCACGGCGGCGGCAGUGCCUCCACAUGGUGGUGGUGAGUGUGUUGGGAAAAAGAUUUCCUACACGGAUCUCUUGUCGCAACCACCACAUUCAUUCGCGCAACCUGUGGCAACUGGUGCAACGAGCAUUCCCACACUGUCUGGGCAUGAGAUACCCAAAGAAUCCACCACGGUAAAUCUCUUUCAGCGUCCACUGGAGCAAGUGGGUAGUAGAGGAAAUCAAGUUUCAGGUGCACCGCCGUUGGACACCACGCAUCGUGUACCGGGGAAUUUUAAACUCUCCCAAUCAGCGUCGAAAACGAACUUUUUUCAACAGCCACCUCCAGUUCAGGCGCCUCCAGUUUCACAAGCACAAUCGCAUCCCAAUCAGACGGCACCGGGGACGAAGGUGCCUUUUGCAUUAGGUUCCGCUGUGCAGCAGAAUUCUCUUGCAAAAGUUCCUUUUGUACCUCAGGCGCCACCAGUUUUCUCCUCAAAAGCAAAUAUUGUCAUUGAGUCACCAAAUGUGCAACAAAAGCCCAAACUUUGGUUCCCACCGCCACCAACGACACUCCCGGGAAUUCAUCCACCUGCCCAGGUACACGAAGGUGGCCCACCGAAUCAUCCAUCGCAGAAUAUCUCCCUGCCACAGAACAUCCCUCUACCGCAGAACAUCCCUCCGCCGAAUCUACACCUUGAUAGUGAUUUCAUAGCGUGUCUCGACAAUGAGGCCACGAGACCCCCAUCGAUCCGGGAUGAUAAGGAGGGACACUUGAUUUAUCACACCGGCGACAUUCUGCAUAACAGAUACAAAAUUUUGGCCACACUCGGUGAAGGAACCUUUGGGCGUGUUGUUAAGGUCAAGGAUUUGCAGAUGGAUCACUGCAUGGCACUGAAGAUCAUCAAGAACGUGGAGAAAUAUCGUGAAGCUGCCAAGCUUGAGAUAAAUGCAUUGGAGAAAAUUGCUGAGAAAGAUCCAAAUUGUGAACAUCUAUGUGUACGAAUGCUGGAUUGGUUCAACUAUCACGGUCAUAUGUGUAUUGCAUUCGAGAUGUUGGGGUUGAGUGUUUUCGAUUUUCUGAGGGAAAACAAUUAUGAACCCUAUCCUCUCGAUCAUGUGCGCCAUAUGUCGUACCAAUUGAUCUAUUCGGUGAAAUUCCUUCAUGACAAUAAGUUGACGCAUACGGACUUGAAGCCGGAGAACAUCUUAUUUGUCGAUUCGGAGUUCAAUACGACGUUUAAUGUCAAGAAGAAUCGCGAUGUUCACUACGUUAAAUGCACAGACGUGCGCCUAAUUGAUUUCGGCAGUGCUACGUUUGAUCACGAGCACCACAGCACAAUAGUGUCGACGCGUCACUAUCGUGCUCCGGAAGUUAUCUUGGAAUUGGGUUGGUCGCAACCGUGCGAUGUUUGGUCAAUUGGAUGCAUCAUGUUUGAAUUGUAUUUGGGAAUUACGCUUUUCCAAACGCACGACAACAGAGAACAUUUGGCUAUGAUGGAGAGGAUUCUUGGGGUGAUUCCAUACCGAAUGGCCAAGAAAACAAAGACAAAAUAUUUCUACCAUGGAAAGCUGAAUUGGGACGAUAAAUCAUCCGCAGGGCGCUACGUGCGUGAUCACUGUAAACCACUCGAGAAGUACAUGUUGUCAAAGAGUUCCGAUCACGUGCAGUUGUUCGACUUAAUAAAGAAGAUGCUUGAAUAUGAGCCAAGUCAGCGCAUAACUUUAGGUGAGGCUCUUCGUCAUCCAUUUUUUGCCAAAUUACCACCACAUCAGCGAUUAGGUGACAAAGAAAUGGCAAAUUCGUCAAAUAGCAGCCGUGAACGAUCUCAUAGUCUCUCGAGAUGAGAUUCAGCACGAUUUGGUUAUUAUUAAACAAUUGCAGAGUUGUAACUAUUCCGCCCUUCCUUCAAAAUACCAUCCCCCAAAACUCAAUCUCUCUCUCUCUUUCGUGCUAUUGCAUUCUCCCUUUUCAUCUAAUUACCCGUUCUAGAAAAAAUAAGAAAUUCCUUCAUUCUUACGACUUUUUUUUGUUGGUGAAUGAAGUUUAUGAAUGUUUCAAGAAAAUCUUUAAAAGUUAGUCAAUUUGUAAAUUUUAUUCCUCGAACAAAACACCUUUGUGAUUUUUUGCUACUACUUUUAAAAUAAAAAACAAAGCGUUUGCUUGAACAAAACAAAAAGGCUUUCAAUAAUUGCAAUAAGUACAAUAAUUGCGUAAAGAAAAUUUAUUAAAAACAAAAUAGAUGAAAAGGGAAAUUGCCGAAGAGAAAAAAGUAUCUAUUUUCGAUGAGAAUGUUUUUUUAUGUAAAUCAGGUACUUUUGUUAGAGAAAAAAAUUGUCUUGUAAAAUAAAAUGUAAUCUCCGUAAUGUUGGAAAAUUUCAGGCACGUAAUGUUUAUAUAAAAAAAAAACCUUAGGAAUUGUAAUCAUCUGAUUGUGAGGAAACGAAAGGAGAUUAAUUCGAAAAAAUAAAAAUUUUCAAUAGAGGCGAAAAGCUACAAAAUGGAAAAAAUUGAUUAAUAAAAACCAAAUCGUAGAUCCGAGACAAAAGUUCUGUAAGUUAAUUGAUAACAAAGAUAAAAAACACAGAAAUAAUAAAAUACUUGAUAUUUCAAUUUUUCCACUUUUUGUAGAUCUUGCUUGUUUUAUUUUAUUUUUUGUAAAUUAGGAAAAUCUUUCAACAAAAUUUUUAUUUUCUUGCUUCCUCUUUUUUUUAGUUUUUAAUUUUCAUUUUAUUAGUUUUACUUUUUAACAAAUUUUCCUUCUUUCUGUCUCUGAAAAAGUGAAAUGUCAUUUUAUUGAUUUUUUUGUAAGUUUAAGUAAAGAACUUUUACUACCUGUAGGUGAGAAAAAAAUGUAAAACAAUGAUGCAAGUCAGAAAUUAUGAUUAAAACAAAAAAUGGUAUUCGAUUGUGCUAAGAAUAUUAUUUGACUUUAUUCUGUAUAGAGAAGAAGAAGAUGAUAGAUAAUUUUUCAAAAGAUUAUUCUUUUGAUAUUUUUGAUUUUGAUGUUUAUUUUUUAACAAAUAAAUUCAGCAUAGAUUUUUUUCUAUCAAUACACACACAAAAACGCUAAAGCCACAAACAAGGAGGGAGAAAAAAUUACAAAUUCUCAUGUGAUUUUUUUUUUUUUUCAAUUUAACUAUUCCCUCAUAAAAUGAAGUUUGUAUAUUUUUUUUUUGUGUGAAAGAAAACAAUCAUUUAGCUAAUUUUGAAUGAACAUGAUGGAGGAUACCUAGAAGUUUUUUUUCUAGUGAUAUUCACAGAUACACACACCUUUUAAAAAAGUCUAUGCAUAAAUCAAUGAUGGAAUUAAAUAAAACAAAAACUAUUAUUAUGAAUGAAGAUUGUUUAAGAGAAAUAGAAAUAAAAAUGAAAGAGUUGUGAAAAUA